AUGAAUGUUGAAAUGGAAGCUUUGAAUAAGAAUGAAACUUGGGAUUUUGUCCCUUUGCUAAGAGGGAAGAAAGCUGUUGAGUGCAUAUGGGGGUUUACUUUGAGUUAUAAGGUUGACGGUUCCACUGACCGUUACAAUGCUAGAUUGGUAGCAAAAAGUUAUACUCAGACCUAUGAAGUAGAUUACUUGGAGACCCUUCCUCCACUUGCAAAGUUCAAUACUAUGCAUGGACUCUUGUCCUUGGGUGCUAAUCGUGACUUACCCUUGUUGCAGUUUGAUGUCAAAAUUUUGUUUCUACAUGGUGAUCGCAAGGAAGAAUUAUACAUGGAUAUUCCUUUUUUUAUUCCUGUAACCUCCAAGAAGGGUGUUGUGUGUAAGCUGCAGAAAUCCUUAUAUAGAUUAAAGCAGUCUCCAAGAGCAUGGUUUGGGAGGUUUGCUGCGUCGAUGAAGAAAUUUGGGUAUGUACAGAGUAACUCGGACUAUACUUUGUUUCAAAAGCGUCAUAAAGGCAAAUUGACAACUUUAAUUAUUUAUGUUGAUGAUAUGAUUGUGACUGGAAAUGAUCAGGCAGAAAUGCAAAAUCUUCAGAAGUAUCUGGCUUUCGAGUUUGAGAUGAGGUCAUUGGGUGACUUGAAAUACUUUCUUGGGAUUGAAGUUUCCAUAUUUAAGCAUGAGACUGGAAUGUUGGAUUGUAAACCAAUUGAUACCACUAAUGAACAAAAUCAUAAGUUGAGGUUAUAUCCUAAUUAA